UCAGUCUGAGGCUGAGCGGUUGUGUUUUGUCGUGUGUGGGCACGAGGGCUGUGUACACAUUGAUUUUACAUUUUACCAAUGGUUAAAAAAUGUGUUGAGAUAGCUUUUAACAGCCCACCCCCCGCGCAUAUCAUUAACAUUUUUCAUACAUAACUUCAUCUAAUUACAAAGUACUUCUUGCUAAUUACAAAGUAGGUAGUUAGUGCCUGCUGUCGACGUUAUUGAUUUUGAUGAUCUCUGUGUGAGGAAACUUUUACCACAGUGCUAGCUAGCCAGUGCUAGCCAGUGCUAGCUAGCCAGUUCUAGAAAAUUUCAGCUACAUAUCACAGCUGAAGAAGCAUGAUGAAACACAAACAUAGAUGGUGUCAGACUCCCCCUUCUGUCACUGUCCGAAUCAAAGCCAACACUGCGCACACCCUCCAGAUCAAGAGAGGGCUUCGACUGAAGAGACCCAACGUCGAAGAGGCCCAUGGGCCGCCUGGCAAGAGUCAACCUAGUCGGCGACAAGAAGAGGUCUCUUUGACCAAGCUGUCCUGGGGCCCAACACUUGUGAUACAGCGAGAAGAGAUGGCAGCUUUCUUCAGAAUUUUUGAAGACGAUUUGAUACAAGACUUUCUGUGGAUGGACUGCUGUUGUAAAAUCAUGGAUAAGUACCUACUGGCCAUGACUUUUGUCUACUUCAAACGAGCUCGCUUCAGCAUCAGUGAGCACAACCGAAUGAACUUUUUUAUUGCACUUUACCUCGCGAACACCAUGGAGGAGGAUGAAGAGGAAAGCAAGUACGAGAUCUUUCCCUGGGCACUGGGGAAGAGCUGGAGGAAACACUUCCCCCGCUUCCUCAAGCAAAGAGACAAACUGUGGGCACGCAUUGAGUACAGGGCUGCUGUCAGUCAUCGCUGCUGUGAGGAGGUCAUGGGCAUUGUACCUACUCAUUUCAUCUGGCAGCGAGAACGAGCAGAGCACCACAGUGGUGCCAGGAGGCAGUACGGAGAACGGGCACCAGUCCACAUGCCCCGCGGACCUUCGGCUUCCCCGGCCCCCUGUGCCCUCUGUGCCCAUACAUCCAGCCUGGGCCUGUCCUCAUCUACCUCAGGGACACCCUCUUCCCCCUCCAUGUCCUCCCCGCUUCCCUUUGCCCUCGCUUUCUCCCUGGAGACGACUCCUCCUAGGGUCCAGGCUGUUUCCUGCAGGGCUGGCACCAAGACCAAAACCCAGUCCCAGCGCCCCUGCUGCUGUGCUGAGGAAGCCCCGAGGUAUGAGUCUGACUGUGGGGCUGGAAAUGACGCUUCCAUGGACUGGAUCAAUGAGGAGUAGACAGUCAAACUUGCUGUAAAACUACAUUUCCCAGUCUGGUCAGUUCUUAAGUACAUGAAUGUGUACAUAUUUAGAAGUGUGUACAGCUGGAUUUGAUAUGUAACCAGCCCACUCCUCAGGUUCAAAAAGGUUUGUGUGUGUAAUUUAUUUCUAUAGAAAAUUCUUAAAAAUCUCAGGAGAAUUCUAUUACUUACUUUCUGUGUACAAUAAUUAAUAUUUUUACAACACCAGUAAGACUAUAAAAAAUCUUCAUGAAACUGUAUGAAGCCAUUCCUUCAUUGGCUGUGAAUAGUGAAUUGUCUAAAAACACAUGGAUUGUUCUGAAAAAGAAACAUCUAAUCUUAGGUGCACAUUGUUUUUUGUACAAGUUUAUUACUGUAUUUGUAUUUAUUUACUCUUCACUUUUUUUUGUAUUGAACCAAAAAAGCACCGGAGAUUGUGUAAGAAUUAACUUUUGAUUGAGAAUCAACUGUUAGCAUAAAUGGUAACCCUACAACAGUAAUGCCAUACUACUAGGGUUGAUGUUUUUGACAUCCUUGUUCAUGUAAGAAAAGAGUUCUAUUAAAGGCUGGAUAAAAAAUCUUCCUACAUUAUCCAUGUAA